UUAGUGGGGGUUUCAAUAUUCAUAGCCAUGAACACAGAUCUUCCUUUCUUUGAAAAUGAAAUACAUUCUCUACUUCGAGAAUAUCUGGUUUUCGCCGGAAUGGAGAAGACAUCAUAUGCUCUGCAAAAUGAAUGCAAAGAAAAGGGGAAAACUCUUCCUGCUGGGAAUUCUCAACAGGCUGAUGGAUCAAAACUGGCAGCCCAGAAUAACAUUCUUCUGGAGUUUGAUGCUGGUCAAUAUCAACCUUUUUGGAAACUCUGGGAAGAUCAUGUGCCGACUGAUAUCAGAACAAAAGAUUAUACUUGCCAAAGAUUGGAGUUUUAUAUACAGAUUCAUUUUGCUGUAUAUCCAAUACGUAUAUCAUCAUUAGGGGAGGCCAACAAUCAACUCGAUGAGGGAAUGACAAGAUUUAAAAAAUAUUUGGAAACAAGUGGAUCCUCACUCAGUCAGACUACAGAAUUUCUACCAUUCUAUGCUCUUCCUUUUGUAUCAAACCCAAUACAGCAUCCUUCAUUCAAGGAUCUCUUUACGCCAAACUGGAUUCCAGAGCUCCGGGCUAGAGUGGAAAGAUUUUUGUCAGCAGCUCUGAAUGCUUCUGAACCUCCAAUUUUAAUAAAACUUGUGAAAAACAAAGAAAGGCUGUUAUUAGAUGAAGAUGUUUCUUCGCAAGCGAACACACAAUUACAGCAGCAACUUGUACAAGCGGAAAGGAGAUGUGGAGUUUACAUGAAGAGAUUUAAUAAGUUACAGUCAGACUAUCACAUACUCAUAAGCAUCACAGCAGAAUUGGUAGAUUCACUCGAGCAGACAGUUCAUGGGAGAAUGGUAACAGUGGAAUAUCUACAGAGCGUUUGUGCCAGACUUUUCAACAGCAAAGUUGUUGGAAAUUCAGCAAAUAUAGCAAGCAUGGAUUUUACACGGCCUGGCACUGCUUCUUCGCUCCUGAGAGCUUCAAUUGCUCCUGAUAAUAUCCAUGAAGCUGAAGAUGUGGCACUGCUUCCUUCUUUGGAUUAUACAAAAUUGAAGAGAGAUUUCAUGUCUGGCCCAAUCAGAACAAAGGCAUUGCUUUUACAGGCUUUGAGAUGGAGACUGACUAGGUCUUUGUCUGGGGAACAGCGUGAAACAGUAGUUGAUGCUUUCAUCGCUAACGAUUUAUUUGGAUGUAGAUCCCAAACUAAUGGAUAUUCUUUGAUUAAUUUAUUGAAAUCUCCUGAUUCAGUUGUUCGACAAUACACGGCUAGAUUGUACAAUGCGAUCACUUCUUUGCAAAAAGGAAGAUCUUAUCUCUGCAGUUUUCCGAUGGGCGUUCGACAACUUCUUUCAGUAUUAACAAGGUUAGAUGAUGAAACUGAUAGAUUAUGUAAGGAACAUUUACUUGGUUGUCUGCAGAAGCUGAGUUUGAGACGGUCAUUACAGACUGUUAUGAUCGAAGGUGACUUGAUAGCGUGGUUAGUUACAACAUUAUCGGGAUUCGAAACAUUGUCAGACUAUAUGUUGGAAUAUGCAAUUGCACUGUUGAUGAAUUUAUGUCUCAGAUCAAGUGGGAAGCGAAAAUGUGGUGAUUUAGCUGAGGAUGUUUUAAGGGUUCUUAGUAAAUUACUAGCUCAUGAAAAUUCUGAAAUUCGUCCAUAUGUCAAUGGGGCUCUCUACAGUGUGCUGAGUAAUCCUGUCGUUCGAUAUGUUGCACAAGAUAUGGGACUGGAAGAUGUCUUGAGAGAUCUGAUGGAAGGAGAGCAAGCUGAAUUCAAAAGACAAUUAGAAUUUAUAAUCAGACAAUUGAAUGCAGGAGGUGAUUCUCAUAAUGACAAUAACCCUGAUAAUGAUUCGGAUGACGAUAAUGAUGAAGAUGAUGAUGAGGACCAAGAUGCCAUGGAAGCUGAUUUGGACAAGGAUGAAGUUUUGCAAUUAAGACCUAGAGAAUUGUCGGGGGAAAAAUUUCUAUGUUCAGAAUAUCUGGGAAUUAUGACCAACUCUCAACCAGCAAAUUUCUUGAACCCAGCUAUUCGAUCAGUGGCUAUGGAUGGAGGAAUUCCGCAGCGACCUUUGACUCCCAGUCAUCAUCGAACUACUGGAGGUGGAGGGGAUACAUCACAACUUCACAGUGGUAGUAUGGAUGUAAUUGAAGAACGUAUCGAAAACAUGAGCUUGUCCAUGUCAUAUCCUAGCACUCUGGUUUCUGCAAGUGAAACAAUGAAAGAUUCUAGACCACCUACCAGUGCCGGAUCACGACCGGGCACAGGAACAAAAUCUUCUUUGUCUCAAAAUAGACUUAAAAGUUCUGGCAAGCAUACUGGUGAUGGAAGCAGGCCCACAAGUACAUCAUCUGUACGAUCUGGGGGUUCUCGAAGCAUAAGAAAGCUACCUGGUGAUAAGGACAGCAGUAAAAUUUUGGCAGAAAGAACUGGUGUCAUCAGGAAUGUGGCUCCUCCUAUCAAUCAGGAUUUACCACAGCCAUCAGUAGGGAUGAUGGAUACAGAUCCUGAAGGAAUCAAAGAAUAUACUACUGUCUUCAGUAGUCGACCCCGUAUCUUGCGUACCCCAGAUGUUUCCAACCUUACCCCACGUGGAGCUCCACCACCCUUGAAUCCAACCUAUUCUUACACCGAACCUCGUUCAAGACCAAGCUCAUCUUCAUCAUGGCGAGGCUCUAAAGGAAGUUCAGGGAAUACCAAUGUGAACUCACACAUGUCUGAUAUGUCGUCAUCAAGCAGAAGACAAAAAUAGAUCAGAAUUUAUAUAUUUGAUCUGGGUAGAAUCUUUUCAUGCAAUUCUCUGCAUUUCAAUUGAUCUUACCUCGUUAAGUUUAACAUGAAUCAUGAUUUCACUGCAAAAAUAGGAUAUAGUAAUGGAAAAAUUAUAAUCUCGAUUAUCUGAUUUCAUAGAAAUGGAUUAAUAACUUAGGAGGUAAAUUCUUUAUAUUUAUUUUACUAAUUCCAUCCUGCAACAGUAUUGACCCAUAAAAACUAUUUCCAAAAAUUACACAUACCGUAAUAUAUUGUGUCUUGUAUUUGUGCCUUUUAGUUUGUUUUAUUUUGUUCUUGAGCUUAUGUAGUUUAUAAGUGUGAAGUUUUUAUGAGCACUAGCUUUUUUUUAAAUCUUUUUGAAAAGUGGCAUUGUGAAAGUGUGCAUAUUUUUUUGUGUUUGUAAUCUACCACUGUUAUAUACAUAUAUGUUUUUUACAUAAGCUGGAAUUCAUAUAAAAUGGUAGCUAGCUACCGUUAUCUACUUGUUUCAUUGUGAAACUCUUUUGCUUAUUGUAUUUGACUUUCCAUUAUUUCUGAACCAAAAUAUAUAUUCUACUGAAGAUUUUUGAACAAUUCUAGAUAUAGUAAACUAUAUUUUUGUACCGUUUGUUAUAAGUAUAAGUUGAGUGCUCGUUUUUUCUAUAGAACUGUUUUGUUAACACUUUUGUUAAAAGUAAUCUCUUCUGAUAUCCACAGUUAUACGUAAUUCUGUAUAUGAAAUCUUGCAUGCAAAAUAUGUUCCUUACAUAUAGUUGUUUGAAAAUGUAUGGUAUGCCUCUAUGGCAGGGGUGGGCAACCGGGCGAUGCUUCACUGAAUUAUAGUAACAAAAAAGCUGUUUUGGCGAUUAUAUUCUUUACGUAACAGAAUUUAUUGUGAGACAGGUAUAGACUAAAUUAUUA